CCAGCAUGGAGAUGGCGGGGAGCAACUGACUCUUCUCCCCAAAACCAAACACCAAAUCGUCAGUGAGCCACACAGAGCUUAUUCAUUCUUUCAGUGCUCGUCCUCCCUGGCCGUUUCGUUUUCGUUAGUCGACAUUUGCUAAAAAUAACGUCAAGCCGAGGUCUCCCCCCUGGUCACUCGUCCUAAUCUAAAAUACAAAUAACACACGUGGAUUCUCUUGUUGAAGAAAAAGCAUUCAACAAUCCUUCUUCUCAACUGCAAUCUCAUAUAAAACCAUUGUCAAAAUGUCUUCUACUUCUCAGAAGCACCGCAACUUUGUCUCCGAGCCUAUGGGGGAAAAACCAGUGACUGAUUUAGCCGGAAUUGGAGAGACUUAUGGUCAACGGUUGGAAAAUCAAGGCUUCGAUAAGGCGUACGUUGUUCUCGGACAGUUUCUCGUUCUAAAAAAGAACGAAGAGCUGUUUAUUGAAUGGUUGAAGGAUAUCACAAGUUGCAACAAAAAUCAUGCUACGACGUGUUAUCAAUGUCUGUCGGAUUGGUGUGCUGCAUUUUUGUAGGUCUGAGAACUGAGUCGUCCAAGAGGGAAAUUAUUAUUUAAUUAUAGUUCAUUCAUACAUAUUACUAGAAAAAUUUCUUCAUCUCUUGUACAAAUCACGGGCGGUGGAAUAAUUUUUAUCAUCUUUGUGUUUCCAAAUGUUUGUAUUUUACUGAUUACUGAUCUAACAGUCUAUUCAAUGGACUGCAUUGAUUGUCGGAAUUACAUUGUAUUUUUUGAUUUGAGUUUUGAUGGCGUUGUUUUAUUAGAAUGACCGGAUUUUGGUAUUGAUUAGGGCAUAUUGUAUUUAAAAAUAAACCCUUUCAUGUAUUUUAUGCCAAGUAUUCAAAAAGUUUGUCAUUCAUCCGUAGUGAAUACCGACGAGUUGAUAAAUAAAGAAAUAAAUACUCCUCCAACAAUUAAUUUAUCUCCAGGUUUGCCCGUGACUUUGCUAAAUAGAUCGUCUUCUAUCUGUUACAAAAAGUAGUAUGCUCUGCACAUCAGUUUAGUAAUAAAUAUUUGCAGGAUGA